AUGCUCACAUUGGCGGCUACCAUUGCCCCAUUAAUUUUGGCGCAAUUGAGCUUGGUGCGGUUCGUACAGUGCCAAAACGUCGAAGACAAUGUCAACAACCCUGCGAUUCUUCCGUACCUCACACAGGUGGUGUACGGUCGGCUUUCGAAUCUCACUUCAGUUAUUCUCAGUAGCGAAGUCAGCAAUCGAUCUAGCUUCUGCAUUCAGAAUCCGGAAGCUGAUUGGAAUCGAGCAUUCAAUUAUUCUAAUAAUUUGGACUUCUUGACGGCUUGUAUUAAAAGGACUCAAGGUGAGACUGAUGCUAUGAUGGGGUGUGGGGAGAUUAAAGUUUACAUGGGCCGAGAUCAAUGUCUGGAUCGUGGGUCGAUUCGCGGUGCUAUGGAGUUAGCCUUAGAGAUAUUACGCAGCGAUUGUGUACAGCAGCAGAGGUUAAGUUUUACUUCAGUUGGGCAUGUAGUGCUGGCUCAAACCAGGGGGUUGACCUCAAAAACUCUAGGGUCAUACCUGCUAGAAAUCUCAACUGUCAGCCUUGCUGUGAGGGUUUUUUCUGUCCUCAUGAAUGAUAGCAGAGGUGGACUGUUGGGCAACAAGUGUACCAUGAGAAAUUUUUUCCUGAAAUCUUGCCCAUUGGGUUCCUACUGCCCACUUGCAACGCUCAAUAAGGCUACUGGUGUAUGUGAACCGUACACCUACCAACUACCUCCUGGACAUCCAAAUCAUACGUGUGGUGGGGCAAACAUUUGGGCGGAUUUUGCCAGUACUAGUGAGGUAUUCUGUUCAGCAGGUUCCUACUGUCCAACCACUACACAGAAAAUUCCUUGUAGCAAUGGGCAUUACUGCCGUACGGGUUCUACAUCUGAGAAACGAUGUUUCAAGUUGGCUUCAUGCGAUCCCAACACUGCAAAUCAAAAUAUUCAUGCAUAUGGAAUAAUGCUCAUAGCUGCUUUAUGUACUCUUCUGCUCAUUAUUUACAAUUGUUCUGACCAAGUUAUCAGCACACGGGAAAGGAGACAUGCCAAAUCCAGGGAAGCGGCUGCUAGAAGUGUUAGGGAGAAAACAGAGGCACGUGAAAGGUGGAAAGCUGCCAAAGAGGCUGCUAAGAAGCAUGCAUCUGGAUUACAAGCUCAAUUUUCUCGCACAUUUUCUCGUAAAAAAAUUGUUACACAUUCUGAGCAACUUAAAAUCUUGAAUCCAGCAAGAAGCGAAAGAGAUGAUGACUUAUACCCACCUAUGCUCCCAAGCAGUUCAGGUACAUAUCAGCAAUCAUCUACUACAUCCAAAACAAAGAAUACAGAGCCUAAUGAUCUUAUGAAGAUGAUGCAUGCAAUUGAAGAUGAUCCUGAUAUUUCUGAAGAUUUCAGCUUGGAAAUUGAAGAUAGAAAUACCAAAAAGAAAAUGCCAAAGGAAAAACAAAUUCAUACUCAUAGUCAGAUUUUCAAGUAUGCAUAUGCACAAAUUGAGAAAGAGAAAGCUCGGGAGCAGCAGAACAAGAAUCUUACCUUCUCAGGAGUGAUUUCGUUGGCAACAAAUAAUGAAAUCCGGAAAAGGCCUGUGAUUGAGGUCUCUUUCCGAGACCUAACCCUUACUUUGAAAGGAAAGAAGAAACAUCUUUUGAGGUGUGUUACUGGGAAGAUCAUGCCUGGCCACAUUACUGCUGUGAUGGGUCCAUCGGGGGCUGGGAAAACAACUUUUCUUUCUGCUCUUGCAGGAAAAGCAGUUGGAUGCACACUAACUGGUUCCAUUUUCAUAAAUGGAAAGACAGACUCAAUCCAUUCAUAUAAGAGAAUCAUUGGUUUUGUGCCACAAGAUGAUGUUGUGCACGGAAAUUUGACUGUGGAGGAGAAUCUCUGGUUCAGUGCAAGGUGCAGCCCUAAUGUAAUUGCUGUUUUAGAUGCAGAGUCUAAAGGUAAUAUCAAGCUGUAUAUAACAAGCAUGGGAUGGUAA